AUGUCGACACGAUUGGACCGUUUGGUCCUUCUUCUGGACACAGGAUCUACGCCUGCUGUACGUGCAACGGCCGCUCAACAGUUGGGAGAGAUCCAAAAGCAACACCCUGGAGAGCUACAUAACCUUUUAUCAAGGGUUAUCAUACAUUUGAGCAAUAAAGAAUGGGACACUCGAAUUGCCGCUGGACAAGCGAUCGAGGCCAUUGCUAAAAAUGUACCGCAAUGGGAUCCUCCUGAAAUUAUAAAAUUAGAAAACGAACCAUAUACUGUAAACAAAAAAAAUGAUAAUAAAUAUUCAUUCGAAACAUUUGAUAUUGCAAGUGUAUUGCAGAAAGGGAAAACUUUGUUGGGUUCAGCUGGCAAGGAAUAUGAUCUUGACUUAAGUGAUCUAGAUCCCGCACAACGGUUGGCACUUCAACAUAAAAACCUUAAAGAACGAUUAGGGUUAGGUAGCGAAUUCAUGGAUGUUGAUUUGUUGGAUGAUGUGGAUAUAAGUGGAGCUUCAGCACCACAAACUACACAACUACAAAAUACAGAAUUUAUCGCCCAACCCCAACCUACCCAACCCCCUCAACCUCGCUCUCCUGGAUUGCCUCCGGAAGAAAUAAUGCGUGUAGUGGAAAUGAGUGGAAGAAGAGCAGGCGCUGAAGCUACAACACCACUUGUAGCCCCUAUUUCACCAUCUAACGUAAAAGCUGAACCUGAUGGAUUACCUGAUUCUACACAAAAUGAUGGUUACUUUAAUUUUACUCCACAACCUUGUUCUAGCAAGAUUGUGGUUGAGGCUAAAAAAGACAUUUCUUCUAAUAUAUCUGAAGAACUAUCCAAUGAAUGGCCCUUUGAAAAAGUGUGUGAAUCAUUAUGUGUGUCUUUGUUCAAUUCAUGUUGGGAAGUUAGACACGGUGCAUGUAUUGGACUGAGAGAAAUAUUAAAAGUACAUGGACACGGUGCAGGUAGAGCUGUUGGAUUAACUAAAUCAGAAAAUGAAGCCCGCCAUAAUAAAUGGUUGGACGAUAUAGCAAUUCGGUUGCUAUGUGUUUUUGCUUUAGAUAGGUUCGGUGAUUUUGUAUCAGACCAGGUUGUUGCACCUGUACGUGAAACAUGUUCGCAGACUAUGGGUGCUCUUUUACAUUAUAUGUCACCUCAGGGUGUAGAAAAUGUACAUAGGGUAUUAUUGAGAAUGAUUUAUCAAACAGAUUUACUUGAUGGUAAGACAUCAAUAUGGGAGGUUCGACAUGCUGGAAUGUUAGGUUUGAAAUAUGCUGUUGCAGUUCGUAAGGACUUGGUAAAUAUGAUGUUGGAUGGUACCGUUGGUGCUGUUAUUUUAGGAUUAAAAGAUAGUGAUGAUGAUGUUCGUGCGGUAGCUGCUUCAAUCUUAAUUCCAAUUGCAGAUUCUUUUGUUAGUCUUUCAUCCCAUAAGAUACCUGAAAUUGUUUCAGUUUUGUGGGAUUGUCUGAAGGAUUUGAAGGAUGAUUUAACUGCAUCCACGGCAAGUGUAAUGGAUUUUUUAGCUAAAUUAUUUUCAUUUCCAAGUGUAUUGGAAUAUAUGCGCCAUGCAGCUGCAUCAGAUCCAAGCCAUUCUUUAACGACAUUAAUACCGCGUCUAUAUCCAUUUUUUCGGCAUACCAUUACAUCUGUACGUUCCGCAGUCCUUAAUACCCUUUUAACUUUUUUGGGUAUGAAUAGUUCAGAAGAAUGGGUUGAUGAUCGUACUUUUAGACUUGUGCUUCAGAAUAUGAUAGUCGAGGAAAAAAAGGAAGUCCUCGAUCUAUCCGUCCAAGUUUGGUCAGCAUUGAUGUAUCAAAACCAACUCAUUCAAUUUACAUCUCCAUAUAUACGAACUUGGUUCACGAUAAUUAUGACACCACUAGGCACUCCAAUUGAUCGUCGGUUAUUUUACAUACCCGAAGGGACAAUCCCAAUGGAAAUAAUUUCUACGACAAUAUCAACCACUUCUACAUCGAAUUCACGUCGGCGUGGGCAAGGUCGUAACCAAGCAAUUAACGGAAGCACGGAUGAAUUAGUUGGACAUAAUAUUGAUGUUGGAAUGUUACAACAGGAUUUUGCGUUAGUUAGUGUAGAUACAGUGCUAAGAGGCAGGGUUGCUGCUUCUAAAGGAUUGGGCAUGCUUAUGAGUAGAUGGCCAAAUGAAUCAUUGGAGCUAACUUUUAAGGAAAUCCUUAUGACAUGUCUUUCAUCUUCAUGGGCUUCAAAUAAACAACUUUCUGCAGUCAUUAUUGAGGAAUGGUCAAGAUCAGUCUUAGAUAAUAGUUGUCAAAGCUUUCAAAGUUCAUUGGUACAUACUUCGUCAUUUGCUUUAAAUAUCUCUGAAUUUAUGGUUCAAAUGCUUGAAUCCGAUCCACCAACCUUCUAUGCAGAACUUGUUACUAUAUUACGUCGUAUCAGAGGCGAAUGCCAAGCUAUGCUGAACACUUUUGUUUCCGUAGGUAGAAUCAAUUCAGCUAAUGUACCAGCUUUACCGAUAUACGUUCUUGGUGAAGUAGUACAGUUAGAUGCAUCACAAUUAUUUAGUGUUGAGAUUGCGGCAGAGCUUGCGACAACAACAUUCAAUAAUUUAUCUGCUCAAGUUUCUGGGAGAAGUAGAAGGUCUGCGCAAGUCCAACCAGAGGAACGACAGUCGCAACUACAGGAUCGCCAGCGUCGUGUGCUAGCUUCAAUCGGUUACUAUGAGUCGACAAAACAAAAAAAUGACAUUAUAGUGUUUGCUGCUAUUGCAGGUGCCGUUGUAGCAUUACAGUUUUUACCUCCAAAAUUGAAUCCAAUAAUAAGAUCUAUCAUGAAUUCUAUUAAAUCUGAAGAGAAUUUAGGGUUACAACAACGUUCUGCCGCUACUUUAGCCAGCCUUGUUUCUCUUUGUUCAGUAGCAGCAGAUAGUUCAAUUAGAGUUAAUCCCAAUGAUAAAAUUGUUAAAAAUUUGUGCACUUUCCUUUGUUCUGAUCCGACAACUACUCCUGAUAUUCAGAACAAUCAUAAAAAGGAAGGUAUUCUAUCAUUACUUAAAGCUAAAGAACCAGACAAGGCUUCGUCUAAUGGCGAUACGUCAGGCGAGGACGAGAAGCUUAAAUCACAAAGAUUAAUAAGACGAGGUGCUGAAACAGCACUGAGAGAGUUUGCUAUGCAAUUUAGUCAUAGGUUAUUUGAAGUAGUGCCAAAAUUGUGGACCUGCAUGUGUUCAUCGUUAGAUAACGUAUUCAGCCAAGACGACGAAGAUACUAUAGGCAUAUCACUUAAAACAAAUAAUAGUAUAGGGCAAGACGUUAUUGAUUCUCUUCAAAUAAUUCAAUCAUUAGUUCCUGUAGUUCAUGAAAAUUUAUAUUCAAAGUUUACGGAAUUGCUACCUCAUAUCGUCAAAGCUAUUCAAUGUCAAUAUUCUGUAAUUCGGUUCAUGGCUGCAAGAUGUUUUGCUACUAUUGCAAGUGUAAUCACAAUACCAAGUAUGCAAAUAAUAAUCCAUCAAGUAAUACCUUUAUUGGGUGAUUCACAAAACGUAAUACAUCGUCAAGGAGCAGCUGAGUUAAUUUAUCAUGUCGUACAAACUAUGGAUGCAAAAAUUCUGCCAUAUGUUAUUUUCUUAAUUGUUCCAAUUUUGGGUAGAAUGAGUGAUGUAGAUGAAAACGUUCGAUUAGUUAGCACGAAUUGUUUUGCUAUGUUGAUCAAAUUAGUACCUUUAGAGGCUGGUAUACCUGACCCACCUGGACUAUCAACUGAAUUAUUAAAGCACCGUGAUGAUGAACGGAGAUUCCUUUCACAACUUCUUGAUAGUAAUAAAUUGGAUCCUUAUGAAAUUCCAAUAAAUAUCAAAGCUGAAUUACGGAAAUAUCAGCAAGAAGGUGUCAAUUGGUUGGCAUUUUUGAACAAAUAUCAAUUACAUGGCAUAUUAUGUGAUGAUAUGGGUCUAGGUAAAACUCUUCAAUCCAUAUGUAUUUUGGCGAGCGACCAUUAUACUCGUUCUGAGAAAUAUAGUCAAACAAAGUCUCCAGAUUGUGCCCCUUGCCCAUCUUUAGUCGUUUGCCCCCCUACUUUAACAGGACAUUGGUAUCAUGAAAUAUUAAAUUAUACAGAUACGCUAAAGCCACUUCUGUAUUCUGUUCGCAAUGAUAUUGAAGAUUUGGCUAAUAUAAAUUGGAAUUAUUGUAUCUUAGAUGAAGGCCACGUUAUCAAGAAUGGUAAAACAAAGAUAACAAAAGCGGUCAAAUCUGUAAAGGCCAAUCAUCGAUUGAUAUUGUCUGGCACUCCAAUACAGAAUAAUGUGCUAGAAUUAUGGUCACUUUUCGAUUUCUUAAUGCCCGGAUUUUUAGGUACCGAAAAACAAUUUAAUGAACGUUUUGGCAAACCAAUACUUUCAAGUAGAGAUAGUAAGAGUUCCUCCAGAGAACAGGAAGCUGGUGCUUUGGCACUCGAAGCCUUACAUAAACAGGUUCUUCCAUUCUUGCUGAGACGCUUAAAGGAGGAUGUUUUGAAUGACUUACCUCCGAAAAUCAUACAAGAUUAUUAUUGCGAGCUUAGUGAUUUACAGAAACAACUUUAUGAACAAUUUGCUAAAUCACAAGCUAAGAGCAGUGUUGAAAGUGAACUUGGAACGGAACAUAUAGAAGAAGAAGGCGACAAGAAAGCUACACAUAUAUUUCAAGCAUUACAGUAUUUGCGCAAGUUAUGCAAUCAUCCUUUAUUAGUAAUGAAUGAUAAACAUCCACAAUACCGCAUUGUCAUGGAUAAACUCAAGUCUAGCAGGUCUUCGUUGCAUGAUUUGGAAAAUGCUCCAAAAUUGCUUGCUUUGAA